AUGGAUUCCAAGUCGGACGACAUAGAAAUGUACGUAGAAAAUAUGCUUAAUGAACUGAAGGGGAAAAUGCAAAACUUGUCAAACAAUUUGCUCAGCAAGGUGGACAACAUGGAGAAGUCCCUCGAUGAGUUGGAGCACACCAUGUUAAGUUUUUCGAACAAGUCGGACGG